AUCUUGCAAUGUUCCAGAACGAGGCCAUCUGAUACAUUCCAACGAGUACUUAGUGAUGAACGACAGCGGUGUAACCUCUUUAUAAUUUUACGAGAUUUAGUAUACACAAGACACGGGUAAAAAUGCAGCUGAAACACAUGAAGACCGUACUAGCCCCUCAGGAGGGAGCAGCUAAAAUCACUGCCAUGGCCUGGUCACCUAAUAAUCAGAAAAUGGCUGUUGUAACAUCUGACAGGGUGGUCUUGUUGUAUGAUGAAACUGGAGAAAUGAGAGACAAAUUUACUACCAAACCAGCUGAUGCAAAGUUUGGAAAGAAAAGCUACAUAGUGAAGGGCAUUGCAUUCUCCCCUGACUCAGCCAAGCUGGCGGUGGCACAGACUGACAACAUCAUCUAUGUCUACAAGAUAGGGGAAGAUUGGGGUGAAAAGAAAGUGAUUUGUAACAAGUUUGUUCAGCAGAGUGCAGUGACAUGUCUGAUAUGGCCACCAGACCAGAACAUCAUCUUUGGUUUGGCAGAUGGCAAGGUGCGGUUGGGGAAUAUGAAAACCAACAAGUCAUCUACAAUCUAUUCCUCGGAUUCAUAUGUGGUGUCGCUUUGCAGCAAUCCAUCUGGCAAAGGCAUCAUGUCUGGUCAUGCUGAUGGGAGUAUUGUCAGGUACUUCUUUGAUGAUGAGGGCUCUGGAGAUGCGCAGGGUAAAAUUGCUGUUCACUCUUGCCCACCCUAUGCUCUUGCCUGGGCUACAAAUUCCUUCAUAGCUGCUGGCUGUGACAAGAGAAUAGUGGCAUAUGGGAGAGACGGCCGCAGCAUUCAGCAGUUUGACUACAGCCGGGAUGAUGAUGAGAAGGAGUUCACUACAGCUGUCUGCAGUCCCAGUGGACAGUCUAUUGUAAUAGGGAGUUUUGACAGAUUGCGUGUUUUCAACUGGAGUCCCCGCAAGGCUACAUGGGAUGAGUCCAAGCCCAAAGAAAUCCCGUACCUGUACACCAUCACCGCUCUGGCUUGGAGAAAAGAUGGGUCCAGGCUCUGUGCUGGCACACUGUGUGGAGCAGUGGAGCUGUUUGACUGCUGUUUAAGGAGAGCAAUUUACAAGAACAAGUUUGAAAUGACAUAUGUUGGUCUCAGUCAGGUGAUAGUGAGGAACCUGUCCACUGGAACUAGGGUUGUUCUCAAGUCUUACUAUGGCUAUGAGAUAGAUGAGGUGAAGAUUCUGGGUAACGACCGUUACCUGGUGGCACACACCACUGAUACACUGAUUUUAGGAGACCUGCAGACCAGUAAACUGAGUGAGGUACCCUGGCAAGGAACUGGAGGCAAUGAGAAGUUCUACUUUGACAAUGAAAGUGUCUGCAUGAUCUUCAAUGCUGGAGAACUGUCCCUGGUGGAAUAUGGCAACAAUGAGAUACUGGGCAGUGUGAGGACAGAGUUCAUGAACCCUCAUCUCAUCAGUGUUCGACUGAAUGAAAGGAAGCAAAGAGGUGUGGAUGAUAACAAGAAAAUGGCAUACCUGAUAGAUUUGAAAACCAUUGCCAUAAUUGACCUUCUCUUUGGAGUGACACUGGGGCAGAUAAAUCAUGAUUCUAAGAUCGACUGGUUGGAGUUAAAUGAAACUGGGCGCAAGUUGUUGUUCAGAGACAAAAGACUGAGGCUGAACUUGUAUGAUAUAGAGACCCAGACCAGGACCACCAUUUUGAAUUACUGCUCCUAUGUCCAGUGGGUCCCAGGCAGUGAUGUAGUCGUGGCACAGAAUAGAGGGAGCCUGUGUAUCUGGUACAACAUUGAUGCCCCAGAGAGGGUGACCAUGUUCCCCCUGAAAGGCGACAUUGUUGACCUGGAGAAGAACAAUGGGAAGACGGAGGUGAUUGUGAAUGAUGGUAUCACCACUGUGUCCUACAGCCUGGAUGAGGGUCUCAUUGAGUUUGGUACUGCUAUUGAUGAUGGGGAUUAUGCCAGAGCUGUUGCCUACUUGGAGUCCCUUGAAAUGUCUGCUGAAACAGAAGCCAUGUGGAAGACAUUGAGCAAACUUUCCCUUGAGGCAGGGCAGUUGCAUAUAGCUGAAAGAUGUUAUGCUGCACUAGGAGAUGUAUCCAAGGCCAGAUAUCUUCGAGAAACUAACAGACAAGCUGAGGAAGCUGCUAAGACCACGGGUGGAGAUGGGUUCCAGUAUUACAAAGUCAGGGCCAGAAUGGCCAUAUUGGACAAACAGUUCAAGCAGGCAGAGAGCAUCUAUCUGGAACAGAAUAACCUGGAUGAGGCCAUGGAGAUGUAUCAAGAGAUGCACAAGUGGGAUGAGGCCAUCGAGGUGGCACAGGCCAAGGCCCACCCAGAGUUGGAGAAUUUACGUCGCACCUACUACCAGUGGCUGAUGGACACCAGUCAGGAGGAAAAGGCUGGGGAGGUCAAAGAGCGUGAGGGGGACUACAUGGGGGCCAUAGCUCUGUACAUGAAAGCUGGGCUACCUGCCAGAGCUGCCAGGCUAGCCACUAGCAAUGAGGAACUGAUGUCCAACUCAGAAGUGAUUAACAGGAUUGCAACUGCUCUCAUCCAAGGAGAGUUCUACGAAAGGGCUGGUGACUUGUUUGAGAAGAUCCGUAGCUACCAGAAGGCUGCAGAGUGUUACCGUAUGGGCAAGGCAUACAGACAGGCUGUGGACCUGGCGCGCUAUGCCUUCCCAGAGCAGGUGGUCAACUUGGAGCAGGAGUGGGGGGACCACCUGGUGGCACAGAAACAGCUGGACGCUGCCAUUAACCAUUAUAUUGAGGCUGGGGCUACGCUUAAAGCUGUUGAGGCAGCCAUCAACUCUAGACAGUGGGCUAAAGCCACUCAGAUCCUAGAACUCCAGGACUCUGAGAUGUCAGCCAAGUACUAUAGAAAGAUAGCUGUGCAUUAUGCCUCAGUGGGAGAAUUAGAGGUUGCUGAGAAGUACUUCUUAGAAGCAGACUGUAUCAAGGAAGCCAUCGACAUGUACAACAAUGCUGGCAAGUGGGAGAAGGCACACAGGCUGGCAGCACAGUGUAUGAAGCAAGACGAGGUGGCAGUGUUGUACAUCAAGCAGGCCAAUAGUUUGGAAGCAGAGGGCAAGUUCAAGGAGGCUGAAAGACUAUAUGUAACAGUAGAGGAGCCAGACAUGGCAAUUACAAUGUAUAAAAAACAGAAGAUGUACAAUGACAUGGUGCGCCUAGUCAAACAGUUCCACCCGGAGUUACUUCAAGACACACACCUGCAUUUAGCACAGGAACUCCAUGCAGAGAACAACCUGAGACAGGCUGAGAUCCACUUCCUGGAGGCUAAGGACUGGAAGGGAGCAGUGAACAUGUACAGGUCCAAUGACAUGUGGGAUGAAGCUUAUAGGGUUGCAAAGUCACACGGAGGUGCCAAUCCUGCCAAACAGGUGGCAUACUUGUGGGCCAAGAGUUUGGGAGGAGACUCUGCUGUCAAACUGCUCACUAAGUUUGGGCUGCUUGAAGCUGCCAUUGAUUAUGCAGCUGAAAACUGUGCAUUCGACUUUGCCUUUGACCUGGCCAAGACAUCCAUGAAGAACAAGAUGCCAGACAUCCACCUGAAGUACGCCAUGUACCUGGAGGAUGAGGGGAAGUUCAAGGAGGCUGAGGCUGAGUUUAUAAAGGCUGCCAAACCCAAAGAGGCAGUGCUCAUGUAUGUCCACAACCAGGACUGGGACUCUGCCCAGCGUGUGGCAGAGGAACACGACCCUGACUCUGUGGCAGAUGUCCUAGUGGGUCAGGCCAGGUUUGCCUUUGAAGAGAAGGAGUACCAGAAGGCCGAGUCCUUCCUACUGCGAGCACAGAGACCCGAGCUUGCUAUCAAGUACUACAAGGAAGCCUCUAUGUGGCAGGAUGCACUGAGAGUCUGCAAAGAGUACAUUCCACACAAACUACAGCAACUCCAGGAUGAAUAUGACAAAGAGAUGAUCACCAAGUCAACAAAGGGAGCAGACACCCUUAUUCAGCAAGCCAAGGACUGGGAGGCAUCAGGAGAGUACACCAGAGCUGUGGAGUGCUAUGUCAAGGUCACACCCAAGGUCACCAAUGACACCAACAUGAUGACCAAGUGUUGGAUUAAGGCUGGAGAGUUGGCACUGAAGUUCCUUGGAGCAGAUAAAGCAGUGGAUGUAGUACAAGUUCUUGGACCAAGACUGGUUGAGGCCAAGAAAUACUCUAAUGCAGCAGAGCUGUAUCUGGGUCUUGACAUGUACAAAGAUGCCAUCGAUGCCUUCAUCGCAGGAGAAGAGUGGAACAAAGCUAAGAAAGUGGCCAAAGAACUGGAACCAAGAUAUGAACCAUAUGUGGAUGAUCGCUACAAGGACUAUUUGAAAAAUCAAGGGAAAGCUGAUGCACUUGCUGGAGUUGAUGUGGUGGCGGCCCUGGACAUGUAUGUUGAGAAAGGCCAGUGGGACAAAUGUUUGGAAACAGCUGAAAAACAGAAUGCCAAAGUUCUCCACAAGUAUGUAGCCAUGUAUGCAUCACAGUUGAUUAAGGAAAAUAACACAGAGGCUGCACUGGAUUUAUAUGUGAAGUAUGGAACUCCCCCCAGUCAACAGAACUUCAACAUCUACAAGCGUAUCUUCUCAGACAUCGCUGGCAUGCAUGGGCUGAAUAAGGCAGAGGCUUAUAGGACAUGGGCAGACCUCAGGGACAUGUUAUUUGACCUGUGUGAGAACAUGACUCGUUCAGCCGAGGCCAACUCCCCUGCCCACGAAGAGUUUGAAAACAUGCUUCUGGUGGCCCAUUAUUAUGCCACGCGCUCAGCCUCCAUGUCCCACAAGUCUCUGGAGGCGGUGGCCACCAAACUGUCAGUGUCACUACUGAGACACAUAGAGCUGAUCCCUGCAGACAAGGCCUUCUAUGAGGCUGGAAUGAUGUGUAAGAUUGCAGGCUGGGAGAACAUGGCCUUUGUGUUGCUGAACAGAUACCUGGACAUUGUUGAGGCUAUAGAAGAAGGCUCUCUGGAUAUGUUGGAUAAUACAGAUUUCCAGGAUACAGAUAUUCCUUUUGAAUUUUCACUGCCUGAGAAACCACAUUUGAAUGAGGAUAAACAUGAGGAGGUCAAGGAGUGGGUCCUGGCUGUCUCCAUGGACCAGAGGGUGGAGCAGGUAUUGCCAAAAGACGAGAGGGACACGUAUGAAGCCUCACUGGUGGCAGCUAACACAGGGAUACGCUCACUGCCAUGUGUCAUUUCAGGCUACCCAGUCCUUAGGAACAAACUGGAAUUCAAACGUCCAGGCAAGGCUGCAAACAAAGAUGACUGGAAUAAGUUUUUAAUGGCAACCAAGGUUUCUCACAGCCAGGAGUGCCAGGACACCCUGAAAUUCAUUGGCACGUGGUGUGGUGCAGCCCCCAGUCCAAGUUUUACCAUGUAACAGGACACGCAGGGUGCCGAAUGCAUACAAGGCAGGCCCUGAAUUAAGUUCACUGUUGAACUAUGUUCUUUUGAAAAUGUUGGGAGUACGAAGCCAAAAAAUUUGAUAACUAUUUUGCUAUAUAUAAGGAAAAUUUUUUGUCUGUUUGGAGUUUCCACUGAAUAUGAGAGAACGAUUUACAGAUGGGUUAUUUUGAAAUAAAAGGGGUUCAUCUGUGAACAAUAACAACAAAGAUGAACAGUUUAAAGUUUAUUUCAUAUUAAUAUAAGAUAUAACAAAUCAUUUAACAUUGUUUUGAUGUUUUUUCUGUGAUAAAGAUAUUUCUUGCAUGCCGUCCAUUCUUUUAGUUACCAUCUUGGCAUACUAAUCUCUAUCCUGUAAACUUUGAAAAAAUUGUCUGCAAUUCUUUGCAUCAUAGUUUGUUGGAAUCAAUAAAUAGUCUGCAUCUGAUUAAAUAUAAUACUAUAUACACUGGCACUCUUGAGUGUUGUUGUGCUUUGAAUAAGCAUGUUUUGUUGAACAAGAAAUAAUUUUUUACUCAAAAUUUCAUGUUUUAAAAAGAAGUUAUGAGGAAAAAAAAAAACUUCCAAAACUGUAACCAAUGUACACAGAAAAAUUCAUUAAUCAAAUUCAAGUUUCAGCAGUUAGAAUUGAAUCUUUUUCAGUAAUGAAAUAUUUCACUAAAAAGUUUUGAUGAAGAAAUUAAGAAAUGACCCGAAUAAAUUAUGGAGCAAUUAUGGUUAUAAGUUUUGAUAAUGCAAACUAAUAGUUUUAACAGUUGGAUUCAUUCCAGGAUAACUAAUUUUAUAUUAUAAGAGGUAAUAAUUAAUAUACAAGGACACUUCAUAUGACCAAAAUAUAAACUCAUAUGACCAAAAUAUAAACUACAGAUAAAAGAAGGAUUAUCGUAAGAGGAUUGAUUAAGCAAAUAAAACAUAUAAUGGUUGAUUCUACAUUGUUCCACAAGAUAUUUAUCGACAUAUGAAUUCAUUUUGCCAGUCACAUAUACAUAGGAAAAUAUUAGAUGUUAAAAAUAUAUAUAAGGAGGUGUUAAACCUGGAGCUAUGCUUCAAGCAUAUUUCUUUCAACAAAAUUACAGAAAAAAAUUGCUCCAGUGUGACUAACAGGUUAACGUGAUAAAACUUGUAAGUUAAUUGCAAUGGAUCAUAUCCCUCUGGAGUCUCGCCUUAAGUAAAGUAAAGGUGUCCUAAAAAUAAGUGCAGGGUAAAAAAAGGACUACAGCAAACCAUACUACAACUGGCAACUUAAAAAAUACCCCUUCCCCAUCUAGGAAGAGAUCCCACUAGAUACAGAGACCAGAAAUUAGGCAGUUUUCUUCUGAUAAACACAUUUACUGACCAUUGACUACAUUACAAAAUAAUUCAAAUAAAAAUAAUAAACUCAUGAAGACAAAGGAGUUAUAUAAGAAUCUCUGUUUAAACUGAAGAAGUGAAAAUAAAAGUACAUUGCUAUUUUGAUGCUGAACACCCACGUUUUUCUGUCUGGUACUAUUCAAAUUAUGCAAUCUUGAAGUGAAUAUACAAGUACAAGUACAUUGCAGCUAUGUUGAUACUAAAGACCCACAUGUUAAUCUGUCUGGGACUAUUCAAAUCAUUCAACAGCUAAUCUUAAGCCAACAAUAGUGAGAAUGAAACUCACUUAUCACUGCUAUAUGACAAUCAUCUUGAUUACAUACAUUGCAUCAAUUUUACAAUCAUAAUUGAAAAGUAUCUAACUUGCAGCGUUAUUAACAUGAUCACACACACAAAAAAAUUGAAACCUACUUUAUCCCAUGAUACCUC